CCCAGCUCGCCGCCCGCCCGAGCCAAUCGGCGGCGCGGAGCCUGACAGCGGCCAAUCGGGGCCGCGCUGGGCCGUGCCGGGCUGGGCCGGGCGAGCAGAAGGAGGCCCCGGGACGGGCGCUGGCGGCUGCGGGGCGGCGGGCUCGGGCGGACAUGGCGCUGCAGUUCGGCGGGGCGGGCGCGCCAGGCACAGCGGAGGAGCCCGCGUUGGUGGGGGGGAGCUUCGGGGCUGCGGACUCGUUCCCCAAGGACUUCGGCUACGGGGAGGAGGAGGAGGAGGCGGAGCUGGAGGGAGGCCCGGGGCCCGGUGGGCCCGGGGGCGGCGCGGGCGGGCCUGGCGGCGGCGCGGGCGGGGCGGACUCCAAGCCGCGGAUCCUGCUCAUGGGGCUGCGGCGCAGCGGCAAGUCUUCCAUCCAGAAGGUAGUGUUUCACAAAAUGUCUCCCAAUGAGACUCUGUUCUUGGAAAGUACCAACAAAAUCUACAAGGAUGAUAUUUCCAACAGUUCAUUUGUGAACUUCCAAAUAUGGGAUUUUCCUGGACAGAUGGACUUUUUUGAUCCAACAUUUGAUUAUGAGAUGAUCUUCAGAGGAACAGGUGCUCUAAUAUAUGUUAUUGAUGCCCAGGAUGACUACAUGGAAGCUUUAACAAGACUCCACAUUACAGUUUCAAAAGCCUACAAGGUCAACCCAGAAAUGAACUUUGAAGUUUUUAUUCAUAAAGUUGAUGGUUUAUCAGAUGACCAUAAAAUAGAAACUCAGAGGGAUAUUCAUCAAAGGGCUAAUGAUGAUCUGACAGAUGCUGGGCUUGAAAAACUUCACCUUAGCUUUUAUUUGACCAGUAUCUAUGACCAUUCAAUAUUUGAAGCCUUCAGUAAAGUGGUACAGAAGCUCAUUCCACAACUGCCAACUCUGGAAAAUCUACUUAAUAUCUUCAUAUCAAAUUCAGGCAUUGAAAAAGCUUUUCUCUUCGAUGUAGUCAGCAAAAUCUACAUUGCAACAGACAGCUCUCCUGUGGACAUGCAGUCAUAUGAGUUGUGCUGUGACAUGAUUGAUGUAGUCAUAGAUGUUUCCUGUAUAUAUGGGUUAAAAGAAGAUGGCACUGGAAGUGCUUAUGAUAAAGAGUCAAUGGCAAUUAUCAAGCUCAAUAACACAACAGUCCUGUACUUAAAGGAAGUAACAAAGUUUUUGGCAUUAGUUUGCAUUCUUAGAGAAGAGAGUUUUGAGCGCAAAGGUUUGAUAGACUACAAUUUCCACUGCUUCCGCAAAGCCAUUCAUGAAGUUUUUGAAGUAGGUGUUGCCUCCCACAGGAUCUGCAACCAUCAAUCAAGCACCUCAAAUAUGAAAGCAGUGACUCACAAUGGCACACCUAGGAAUGCAGUCUAGAGGAAAGCUAAAGACCUUGGGUAGACUUGUCAGCUCUUCACUCCAAAGUUUUGUGGAACAAGAGAAGAGUAGUCUGAAAGCCUGAAGUAUGUUUCAGAGGAGAGUGGUCCUAACUGUGGAACAGCAGAUUGUAACUCAUGUUGGGCAACUGAAACUACUGUGAAAAUACUUUGAGGCCAGUGGAGUUAGAAAUGCCAGUUUGAAAUCAGCUGUAUUGCAAAUGCAGUAGGUUUUCAGUUUGGAGUCCUCUUUUAACAGUCUGUGUCUGACUGAUUGCCUGGUCAAAACUUACAAACAAUUGAGUUGGGUUUUGUGUGAAACACUGAACAGUCACUUGCUUAACUUUUUAAUUUUUUUUUAAAUUAAUCUGUAGAAUAUCCUCUUUUGCUUAAGUUUACCUCCUGUCAUGCAAAAACAAAAUUGGUGUUAUUAAGGCUUGUGAAACUCAAGCUUUUUGCUUGCUGAGGCUGGUCUCAAAUCAUUCCAUUAAGUAGUUCUUGUUCUUGCUGGUGUGCUCAUCGUUCUCAUGAAUUCUGUGCUUGUUAAGUGGAUGCAAGAUAGAGAGCUCUGUUCUAGUGAUCAUGUGUUUGUUUAGAGAACUGACCUGGAGCUUCCUUUUAGGAGAUAGGGAUACUUUGCUUUCAGACCACACUUCUUGGUAUGUCCCCUUUGAUGGAAGGGAAGGAUUAAAAUCAGAAAUAAACUACCUGCUCUCUUUUGCAAAAACAUGGAUGUCAUAAAUCUGUGUGAUUAAUCCUAUUCAUGAAACAACUGCAUGGCUAACUAAACUGAAAUGUCUGCCAUCUGUUGGAAUAAAGCAGCCACUUUCAGCUAUUCCCAAGCAAAGAAAUUACAAAGUUACUGACUUGAUGGUGGAUCUUUCUCCACUCUGACUGAUAAUCAAGACAAUUCCUAGCAAAAUGUCUGAGGGUGUUAUCUGUGCAUGGCAAUUAAGUUCACUGUGCCAUAAUUUACUAAUAGUACUGGACUUUGAAGGUACAUUGAUUCUGUACUAUGACAAACACCCUCUUGUUUGUCGCUGUGCAAUCUGACUAAAAUAGCAGUUUUUCUGAUUUUGUGAAUUCUGCUGACUUUCAUACUAUGGGCAGUAUAUGUGAAAUCUUUAAUUUAUUGGUAUUAGUACUGCAGAUGUCAUUCUGUACACCAGCCUUGCUGUGCAGGAGGCCCAGCCACUGGCCCAUAAAGACCUUGCCUCCUUUUACCUGUCCCUAUGUGUGUGUAGGUGUUGCAAAGCCAUUGGACCAACUGUACAAGUCCCACUGUAAAAGUUUCUGCAAGAAGAACUAAUUGAAGUGAUUUCUGCAACUGGUGUAUUUAUGUGGUCAGAAAUAACCAUGGGACUGCUUCUGUGCUUAUAGAAUGAACUUCCAUUGAUAUAUGUAAAAAUGAAUAUACAUGCAUUAACAUUGGGGUGUAUGCACAUACUGUGUAAAUGGGUUUUUAUUACAGCAGGAAACUGGAAUUCAAGUGCUCUAGGUCUGUUCUCUUAAAUCUAGGCUGAGCCCCUUUUUGCUAAUGGAACUACAGAGCUUUUUUUGAGGGAGUGCAGCGGGCUCUUAAAGAUUGGGUUUUGUAGUUUGCAAGCACUAUCACAGUUCCCAUUCUGAAGGUAAGAGGAGAAGUAAUUGGCAAAAUAACAGGAAGAAAGAAUCCCCAUUUGUGCAGUGAGUUUUCCAUGUUCUAAGUACAUGCAUAUGUUCUCUUUCUUUUCACCACUACAGGAUUUUGUGCUAAUAAAAUGAAAAAAAAAAAAAGUCAAACUGUAAUACUAUUAUUUCUGCUUGUCUUUAUGGACAGAAGUCUAUAAAGGCCUUUGUGGUUAAGCAAACUUUUAAAAGUCAUGUUAUCUUUAAGGUAGAAGUUAAAUACUACAUUCCCAUUUAGUCAGCCUUAGCUUUCAUUUUAAUUAAAAACUGUUUCAGAACUAAGCUCUGAAAGUUAAAUUUUUCUCUAAUAAGGAGCACAGCAUUUCUUCAGUUUACUGAACUAAGAUGUUGUUAUACAAGGAGAGUCUUAAUAACCUGUUACUGCUUUAUUCAGACCAUUUUUGGCUUCUGAAAAUUUUAUGGUGCCAAAGAGGAGGAAGGAUAGGAAUUAGGCUUUAUUUUCUUCCUUGGGCAGGAACUUGUCUCUCCUUCCUGUGCUGACCUGCUGCAGGGAGAGAUGCCAUUAGAGAAAAGGGAAGGCAGUAUCACAGUAUAUCCAAUAAAAACACUGAACUUGUAGAGGAAACCAUCAAUUGGGGCUUCACUUUUCUGCCUUUUUUUUCCCUUUUUCCUCCUCUGAACCUGCAGUGGUGUGGAUGUUCUUCAGUCUUUUUUUGCAAACAACUGAGGACCUGUGCUUUUAAGGAGAAGGGUGGUGCUGACAGGGCAGGGCAUAGGCAAAACGUUAACCCACCUGCUGAGAGAAGGAAUAAAGUUUAUUUCUGUUGAAGAAUAAAGCAAUCCCUUGCAAGGUA